AUGUCUUCCUCUUCCUCUUCCUCCUCCCGGAGGAAAAGCCGCGGGCGGCCUCCCCCGGGGAGCGCUUCCCCGCUGGCUUCCCCCGACGGCCUCCCGGCGGCUUCGGCGCGGCUGAGUUUGGCGGCGGCGGACCUCGCGGAGAAAGCAGAUGACAAAGUUCCUAAAGUGUACAGAAAAUCUCUUGCACAGUUGGCCCUCGGCAGCAUGAAAUCAGGAAAUAUCUGCAUAGGGCGACCAGUCCUACUUACUGGUAAAAACGGAAAACAAGAGGUUUGUACUGCGUGGCCGGUUGCGGGCUUUCCAGGUGGGAAGUUAGGCCUAAGCAGAGCUACACAGAAAAAUCUGAGAGUGGUACCUGGUGAUGGGGUCAUUGUCCAACCUGUGAUUGGUGCCGUGGUGCAGGCUGAAGAAGUAGAGAUAAAGCUGAGGGAUGAAGAUUCCUGUCUUAAUGCUGAAGAAUUGUCUAGUAGUAUUCUGAGAAAUCUAGAUGGAAAGAUUAUUUUACCAGGCAAUAUCCUGCAAGUAACUUUCUACGGCAGGUGUUGCAACCUGAUGGUGAUGAAGGUGAAAGGAACAGAUGGACUUCUGCUUGAAAUGCAAGGCGGCUCCAUUUUUAAGCAGAUGCACACAUCCGUGGAGAAUUCCAAUUUUGACUCCAGUGAUUUGGACUUAUCUACGCAGCUUGGCAAACUGGCCCUAGGAGACCAUCACAGAGCAUCCACGAGCACCCCAUGUAAGCAUCUGGAUCACAGUGCAUCAGUUGACAAUUCCAUAGAAACUGUGGCGUGCAGCGAAAACACAGAUGAGAGCAACUCCUUCAGUGACGACGUUGGCACCUCCAUUCCUCAUUCUGCAUCGACAACAUUAAGUGAGCAAUUCCUGACGGAUGGAGCAGCGCUGCGGACUGGUGAAAAAGGAGUGCCGCUGAACUCUGAUACCUUUUACUUCAUUUCUUCAAGGACUCGGAUCAAUUUCAUUGGAUCUCAGACUAAAGUCAUAGAAGAGUGCAAUCCUGAACCAAAGGUGACCUACGAUUCAAUAGGUGGACUCGGUAACCAGCUAAAAACCAUAAGAGAAAUAAUUGAACUUCCUCUGAAGAAUCCUGCCCUGUUUAGAAAUUAUGGAAUCCCACCACCUCGAGGAGUGCUACUGUAUGGCCCCCCAGGUACUGGGAAGACACUGAUAGCCAGAGCAGUUGCAAAUGAGGCUGGAGCCCAUGUCACUACAAUUAAUGGUCCUGAAAUUAUUAGCAAGUUUUAUGGAGAGAGUGAAGCCAGAUUACGACGCAUAUUUUCAGAAGCUGCUUUAUGUCGACCAUCCAUUAUAUUUAUUGAUGAAAUUGAUGCCCUCUGUCCCAAACGAGAAGGGGCACAGAAUGAAGUUGAGAGAAGAAUUGUAGCUUCGUUAUUAACAUUGAUGGAUGGCAUUGGAUCAGAAGGCAACGAAGGGCAGCUCUUGGUACUUGGAGCCACAAACCGGCCCCAUGCACUUGAUCCAGCACUGCGCAGACCUGGACGCUUUGACAAGGAAAUAGAAAUUGGAGUUCCCAAUGCUCAAGACCGACUAGAAAUCCUCCACAAGCUUCUUAACAAGGUUCCUCAUUCAUUAUCAGCAACAGAGUUGGUUCAGUUGGCUGACCGUGCCCAUGGAUAUGUAGGGGCAGACCUAGCAGCGUUGUGCAAGGAAGCUGGCUUGUAUGCAUUGCGGCGGGUACUGGGGCAGCAGGCUAACCCUUUAGAUGAUGAUGUUUUUGGAUCAGUGAUUAUCACUUGCAAUGAUUUCCUGAAGGCUAUGAAUGAAGUCCGGCCUAGUGCCAUGAGGGAAGUGGCUAUCGAUGUGCCAAAAGUAUCUUGGUCUGACAUAGGAGGGCUGGAAGAAGUUAAACUAAAAUUGAAACAAGCAGUUGAGUGGCCACUUAAAUAUCCUGAGUCUUUCAUUCGAAUGGGUAUUCAGCCACCAAAAGGAGUACUACUUUAUGGACCUCCCGGAUGCUCAAAAACAUUAAUAGCAAAAGCUUUAGCCCAUGAAAGUGGGCUGAACUUCUUGACAGUGAAGGGACCUGAAUUAAUGAACAAAUACGUUGGGGAAUCAGAACGUGCAGUCAGAGAGAUCUUUAGGAAAGCAAGAGCUGUUUCACCUUCCAUAUUAUUCUUCGAUGAAAUAGAUGCCCUGGCUGUAGAGCGGGGGAGUUCUUCAAGUUCUGGGAACGUGGCAGAUCGUGUCCUGGCACAGCUGCUGACUGAAAUGGAUGGCAUAGAACAGCUCAAGGAUGUGACAAUUUUGGCAGCUACAAACCGACCUGAUAUGAUAGACAAGGCUUUGAUGCGACCUGGUCGAAUUGACAGAAUCAUAUACGUGCCUCUGCCUGAUGCUGCUACUCGUAGAGAAAUCUUUAAACUUCAUUUCUGCAAAAUGCCCAUCUCGGAUGAGAUCCAGUUGGAUGAGCUUGUCCAACAAACGGAGAAAUACUCAGGAGCCGAGAUAACGGCUGUUUGUAGAGAAGCUGCUCUUCUUGCCCUUCAGGAAGAUAUACAGGCUACAAGUAUUAUGGGGCAGCAUUUUCAACAAGCCUUGGCUCUUGUAACCCCUCGAAUUCCAUAUUCUCUACAGCAGUUCUAUGAACGGUAUCAGCAGCAGAGUGGGCUGCUUUCACUUUGAGACAGGGAUUGAUAUAUCUGUAUUGUGGA